AACGUAAAGUAAACUUUGCUGGACAUUGACGAAAAGCGGAAGAAAAGGGAAACUAGUGACCUGGCACAGCAACGGAAUCGCAGCAAGGUAUUCGGUGACAUCAGAAAUAAGCCCACAAACCAGCGCUUUCCAGCAGACUGUGCGUGUGAGCUGGUCAGCAGAACACCACGGUACAUAUUUUCUCUGCUGGUCGCCUGCACGAAGUGAUUUGUCCUGUGUGUUUUCCUACUGCCAUCCACACCCGUUUUGGCAGAACCGUUUUCGAACCGGAUUGGACCGUGGUUCCCAUCGGCCACCGUCGUAGAUUGUCGUUAAAGCACCACAGUAUUACACGUCGUCGUCCACAUUCAUUCCGUCCUUCCUUCGAGUUUCGUACCACCGAGACCAGGUGAAUCAGGUGUCGUGGUGCCUGUCAAAUUCCACAUUAUCGCUGGUAUCAUUGUAAAAUUCGUCCAGUUUCUACCGCAAAAACGAUACGCUCAACCCGUGCAUGGUCAGCUUACUAAUGUUAGCAGUGAAUGUUUCAGCGCGUGAAUAAGUAACAAUAUAUUACGGAUCCCCGAGGUGAAAGAGCUGCAGGUUAAUCAUUAACUAUUCACCACUUCAAUCGGACGCACCGCCGUCAAGCUCUCGCUAAUGUCAGACGAUCAGAGUUCACUAUCCUCACCAGCGACAACUCCAUCAUCAGCGCGUCCCUUCAUGCCACUACCAUUGGAAUUCAACGGAGAGCGAAAGAAACCGUCCAAGAAGCUCAGCUUUCAAGGAUGUCAGGGUGGACAGGCGCCUAUGAUACCGGAUCCAACCCGGGAACGCAUACGCAUGCAGGCCGCGGCGGGCAAACUACAGAUCGCACCGAACCAAAUGUACGAUUUCACCUCAGACGAUCUGAUCGACGAGGGUGAAAUAGGGCGCGGUGCCUUCGGUGCGGUCAACCGUAUGAAGUUCACGCACACCGGCACGGUCAUGGCGGUAAAGCGCAUUCGCUCGACAGUGGACGAAAAGGAACAGAAGCAGCUGCUGAUGGAUCUGGAGGUGGUCAUGAAGUCCAACGAUUGCAACACCAUCGUCACGUUCUACGGUGCCCUGUUCAAGGAAGGUGACUGUUGGAUCUGCAUGGAGCUGAUGGACACGUCGCUCGAUAAGUUUUACAAAUUCAUCUGCGAAUGUCAGCAAAGCCGCAUCCCGGAACCAAUACUGGCGCAGAUCACAUUCGCGACCGUACGCGCACUGAACUAUCUGAAGGAAGAGCUAAAAAUCAUCCACCGGGAUGUAAAACCGAGCAAUAUACUGUUGAAGCGUAACGGGGACAUAAAGCUCUGUGAUUUCGGCAUCUCUGGACAGCUGGUGGAUUCGAUCGCACGUACGAAGGACGCAGGAUGCCGACCGUACAUGGCGCCGGAACGUAUCGAUCCCCAACGCGCCAAGGGCUAUGAUGUGCGGAGUGAUGUGUGGUCGCUUGGUAUUACGUUAAUGGAGGUGGCGACUGGCAAAUUCCCUUACCCGAAGUGGGGUUCUGUGUUUGAGCAGCUUUCACAGGUCGUUGAAGGUGAUCCCCCUAGACUAUGUACCACCUACAAUGGGAUGGAAUUUUCUAUAGAUUUUGUAAAUUUUGUAAAUACUUGCUUAAUCAAAGACGAACGCGAUCGUCCCAAGUACGGAAAGUUGUUGCAGCACGCGUUUAUUCAGCUAGCGGAAAAAAGUGACACGGACGUUGCAGCUUACGUGAGCGAAGUGUUGGAAUCGAUGGCCAACAAUGGUAUCACACAAUUUACCACCAACUUACCGGCGGAAGGUUGGAACGAAAGUUUCAAUUAGGAUGCGUUCGAGAGGGAGAAAUUCCGCAUGGCAGCACUCCCGUGUAUACCAUUCGGUUUGAAACUCCUUUUUUGUAAUGGUUACAGGUUUACCACCACUUUCUACACAACUUCCUGUGCGAUUUUUUUGGCUUUCACGAUCCAUUGAUUUUUAGUAACUUUGACUCGUAAAACUGCAACCUAAUAGACAGGGAAACAAAAAAAACAGUACAGCGCAGUCUUGAACACAUAAAAUUUACUUAGUUAUUCGUUUUGUUUGCUCUCCGUAAAGAGAACCGAGCGCCGGAUUCAAACGCAAUUCCCAGCAUUCAUAGUUAAGGGGUGGACAAUAAUGAACUAGAAUUUUGGCACAGCGAAUUAGUAAUUUUGGCUCUGUUCUAGGGUGUAGUAAAGUGGCAAUUAAAAAAAAAAAAGAACCCAAUUGAGAUUUCCCAUUAGACGUCGUAAAAAGCGACAAAAUACCAAUCUAUAUCUUUUUAACCACAUAAAACAAAACACAUAAACUCGGACAAUACACGUGUAUUUAUCCUGACCGGGAAUUAAUGGCGUUAGGUCCACUAGUACUAAACACAACAAUACUAGCACACAAACACACAUACACUAAUAGUAUGUAAGUAGUAAAGGAAGAGUUAAAUUCCUUGGAUUAUACAUUUUUUUUGUAAUCGUGCGAUGUAAGAAAGCAGUGAAUGUGAAAAUGAAUGCAGUGGAAAGUGGAACAGAGCUAGCAGAUAAGACGAGUGAGGCAAAAUAACAUUCAAAUGUAGAACACAUCCUACCUAGUUGGUUGUUGUUAGUUGUUGAAAUGAAACAUUGGUCGAAUGUGAUUUGGUUUUCAUUUGUCAAUGAAAGUCAUUUUGUGAUGCAGUAAGCGGUAUUGUAGUAGAAAUAAUGGAAAUAGUAGCGGAUUAGCUAUCCGGUAGACAAAACGGCACGACGGCAACUCUAUACCUAAAGAAAACUUACGGGGGGCGUAUCUAACAAACAAACAAAAAACCCUUUCAACAGAUUAAACUUUUUCACACCAGAACACACGUUCACUAGUAGUAAUAGCAGUAGUAGUAGAAAAAAAAUGCUAGCAAUAGUAGGAUGAACGAUGUUGUCCGACAAAACAGAAGAGCGACAACUUAACACUAGUAAGGAUUUUUUUUAGCUGAAUUGAAUUGUUAAAAGGAAUACAAAAUAUGCCGGCUGUCGGGAAUGUUCUUGGCGGAACAUACCUUAAUAACACUAUCUUCCGGUAUUACAUUUUCACCUAGCAGUCCCUAGCGAUACAGAUAGCAAACAGCGCCCUCUAAAAACCAAUGUUAAAUGUUUAGCUGUGCUUUCGUGAAACAAAAUUUUUCCCCAUUAAAUUUUAAUCUAAAACCAGAUCGGUGCAUCCAAGCUAAAUGGUUCUCAGCUAGGUGUACCCAAUGAACGAACACGAGUCCCAAGCUACAAAAAGAAACACGUUCGUCCUGUUAGUUCAUUAGUUCUUCAGCAAUGUAAUGCCCUUUAAGCAGCGUACAACACGGCGUGCCCCCGGUGGGCACGAGUGCGAAAGUGAUGCGCACCUUUUCUACGCUACUACUUAUCUACGCUUUUCUACUAUGGUUGCCUUAUAAAGAGAUUAAUAAGUAUCUGUAUCUGUGCGUGUGUGUGUGUGUGUGGAGGGGCGUGUAUGGGGAUCGUGUGUGUUGUGUGGGAAGAUUGAGCGCAGGCAAGGCGCAUACCGUGUCCGUAAACCCGAAACACAAUAAUCCGCAGUCAAAGUCCGCAACUUUGGUUCAUCAUUCCUUGUACGAUUUUAGCAUGCAGAGGCCCCUCGAUGCAUCCUAGAUUGUUGGUUACCAUUCGUGGUUGAGCAUUGUGGAGAACUUGUGCACUGUGUCGCCCGGCAACGUGUCCCAGCUUCACGGUAGCGAAAGCCGCGGAUAAAACACGACAGUACUGCACUAUUUACACGGAAGUAUUUAGCGAUAAAUACGAGAUAAACAAGUAAGAUAACACACACCCACAAUGCAAGAGCUUUAUCGUAGUUGUUUCGUCGCGAGUAAUAUAGCGGUAGUAAGCGGAACGUUUUUGGCGGGAAUUGAACUGGGAUGUGGGAAUGUGUCCGUCUGCAAGGGAUGCAUACGAAAGUCAGAAAUAGAUUUUGCAUAAGUUUUAACUGUGAAGAAAAGCUUGAGAUGAUAUAUUGAAGGCGGGAUAUGUUAAGUAUGGCACCGUCAUUAGUUAUGCUGUGUACUAAGUAAGAUGUAUAACUUAAGAAGGAACGUCCAAUACAAACUGCAAACAAUAUGACCGAACUACCGCGCCAGAGAGCAUUCGAAGCGAGCAGCGUAGCAAAACUAACGAACCAACCAAUGGGCACGGACACAUUUAACGAACAAUAAUGAAAUUGAAACUACUGCUAACGUCAACAAAAACUAACCUAGGAAAGCAACACUACAGAAUACAAUUCCCCGUUUCGGAUCGGAUCGUUAACAUCACAAGAGCAAAUAUGUGUAGCGUAUAAGAAAAAAAAAACCACACACCAAUUAAACGCAUACGUUGCCGCCAAAGGUGCAACA